AUGGCCGAAAAAAAGAUCGCAAAAAAACAGGGACAAGCUACCACCGAAGAAACUCCAAAAUUGAUAGCACAAGCCCUUUAUGAUCUGGAAAAUAAUGUUCCGGAAUUGAAAACGGACUUGAGGCCCUUACAAAUUACUGACGCAAAAGAGUAUGAAUUAGGUGGUGGGAAAAAGGCCAUUGUGAUAUUUGUUCCAGUCCCUCUAUUAAAACAAUUCCAAAAGGUCCAAUCAAGGCUCACUCGUGAACUUGAGAAGAAAUUCUCGGACCGUCAUAUUGUUUUCAUCGCAGAUCGACGUAUUUUACGUAAACCCGGUCGUAGAUCUCGUGUGAAGCAGGCUCGUCCGCGAUCACGUACCCUUACCUCUGUACACGAAAAGUAUCUAGAAGAUCUAGUGUUUCCCACUGAGAUUGUGGGAAAGAGGACACGUGUUAAAGUCGAUGGUAGUAAGAUCAUUAAAGUGUACCUUGAUAAUAAGGACAUUACAUCUUUUGAAUAUAAGCUUGAUACUUUCAAAGCUGUUUACAAGAACCUUACUAGUAAAGAUGUCGAGUUUCAAUUCCAUCAACUUGAAUAA